AAGGUCAUUCGUCACCAGUCUUGAUUUUUGAUGGUCAUUCGGUUUUUCUCCGGCAAAAAUAUAUAUAUAUAGUAAAGAAAAACAAUUUUCUUAUUUAAAAAUGUUUAAAAUAUUAAUUGAACCUGAAACUAGUGGUAUAGUGAAACAAUUAGCGACUCUUAUUGAAAAAAGUGCAAAUGAAGCAAUCGCUAGUGAGGAUAUUUUCAAAAUUGGCUUGUCUGGUGGAUCUAUGGUGAAUUUUUUGGUUGAUGGCUUACCGACAAUUUCAACUGAUUGGAGUAAAUGGCGUUUUUUCUUUUGCGAUGAAAGAAUUGUUUCGUUUGAUCACGCUGAAUCCACAUAUGGAUCUUAUAAAAAGAGCCUUAUAGGAAAAAUUCCAGUAUCAGAGGAUCAAUUUAUAAGAGUUGAUCCAGAACUUUCUGCGGAGGAAGCUGCAAAGGAUUAUAUUAAGAAAAUGUCUGUUUACUUUCCACCUGAUUGUGUACCAAGGUUUGAUGUUUUAUUACUGGGAAUGGGUCCAGACGGUCACACCUGCUCGUUAUUCCCUAAUCAUCGUCUAUUAGAAGAAACAAGUCUCUGGAUCUGUCCCAUUAAUGAUUCGCCAAAACCUCCUCCAUCGAGAAUUACUCUAACAUUCCCAGUUAUUAAUAAUGCUAAAGUUUGCAUUUUCGCUAUAUCAGGAGACAGCAAAAAGAAUAUGGUGAAGCGUAUAUUGAAGGACAAGGAAAACUUGCCAGCAACGAGGGUUCAACCCAUUGACGGUUCACUCUAUUGGAUUCUCGACCAAGACGCAGCAAAAUUAUUGGACCAAGUUUCAUUACAAAGAAUAGAAAAUUCCGAUAACAUUCCAACGUCUGUUUAAAUUAUUUUAUAAGUGCAAAUAAUUUUUGUAUAUUUUGUACAGAUCCUUCUCAAAAAAUUCAAAAACAAAGGAAAAAAUCAUUAUACCGAGCAGGAUUGUCAUCUAUUUUAUAGUACAAUUUUUGAGCUUUAUAAAAAAAACACACACACACACGCUGGUCUGAUCGUACUUAAUAUUAAUUUCAUUAAAAUAUAUUUUGUUGACAAUUUUCAAAAAAAAAGAAAAAAAUUACCGACUGUUAUCGUUGAAACAAAAGCGAAUGGAUUUUUAUCAAUGCUGCCUUAUUAAACAAAUUUAUAAAAAUUUCUGCAAAUGUUAAAAAUAUCAUUAAUGUGAAAAAUCAAAAAAAAAUUCUAUGUUUAAUUUUGCUUAUGUAGCAUUUUGAUCUGAAAUUAAAAAUUAUUUAUAGCUUAA